AUGAGAGAAACGUUUGAAAGCUUCCAGUUCGGUGAACUCAGGGUAGUGCAGAUAAGCUUCCGGGGAGGCGUAGUGCAGGUGGCAUUCCACGUUGCGGCCGCCAGCAUGUCCCUCAGCUCCGACGAAGAGGACGAGAUCCUCGGCGACAACCAGAGCGCCAGCUCGUCCGGCGAAGACUCUCCCCCGCGGCAACUAUCGCAGAAUCUGUUUGCGCCGCCUUUCUACGGUCGCCCUCCUACGCCUCUCCCCCCUUCGCCAUCGCUCACAUCCCUCCUACGACCGUCGCGACCUACGACUCCAGAUGCAUCCGAUGACGACGCAAUGGCGCCUGUGCCGCGCGCGGCGCCGAAAGUACCGACGUACGAAUACUACGGCUUUGUGCUGUACCUCUUCAGUAGCUUGACGUUCCUCAUCUACCUACUCUGGGGCUACCUCCCAUCGCCAUUCCUGCACGCCUUGGGCAUAUACUACUAUCCGAAUCGAUGGUGGGCGCUGGCGAUCCCAGCCUUUAUCGUCAUGACGGUCGUAUACAUCUACGUCGCAUUGGCAGCCUAUAACACCGAGAUGCUGACAGAGCCGCUCUCGAGCGUCGAGACCAUUGUCGACGGCGCGGGCAAGCUGGCAGAGAUUGACGCCAAGGGGAGACUGCGCGGGGGGAGGAAUCGUGAGCGCAAGGUCGAGGGGAACGGGAAGCUGCGGUGGCGCGAGAUCUGGAGCGAGGGGACGGACGCCGUCAUGGAUAUCCCAUUGGCUGGUGUCUGCGAGGUGCUGUAUGGGGAGGGGAGGGAGGAGGAUGAGGAAUAUGCAUACGAGGACCAGUCAUGA